GGAAAAGGAAAAAUAAAAAAAAGAAGUUACCCCGCAAGGGUAACGGUGAAUGGCUUAUUCCUAGGGGCUCCGGGCGAAGCUGCAGAUUUGGGAAAAAGGGAGAUUUGGGCUCCUCUCUUUGGAUAUGAUGGCUGUUGUGGAGAGGAGAGGACUGAAGAUUGGCUUCCAGCGUCUUUUCCUGGCCGCUUUGGUGUUUGCCUGUGCUUCUGGAUCCGGAGGAAAUAGGGACAAAGAAGUACCUGCCUGUUAUGGAGGCUUUGACCUGUAUUUCAUUUUAGACAAAUCCGGCAGUGUUCUGCAUCACUGGAAUGAAAUUUACUUCUUUGUGGAACAUUUGGCCCACAAAUUCAUCAGCCCCCAACUGAGGAUGUCCUUCAUAGUGUUUUCUACAAGAGGUUCCACUCUAAUGAAGCUAACAGAAGACAGGGAACAGAUCCGUCAAGGUUUGGAAGAAUUACAGAAGGUCCUACCUGGAGGAGACACCUAUAUGCAUGAAGGAUUUGAAAGGGCCAGUGAGCAGAUAUACCAUGAAAAUUGGCAAGGUUACAGGACGGCUAGUGUGAUUAUUGCUUUGACCGACGGAGAACUCCAUGAGAAUCUCUUCUUCCACGCGGAGCAGGAGGCCAACAGGUCUCGGGACUUUGGGGCGACGGUCUACUGUGUGGGCGUGAAGGAUUUCAACGAGACGCAGCUGGCCCGCAUCGCCGACAGCAAGGACCACGUAUUUCCAGUAAAUGACGGCUUCGAAGCUCUGCAGGGGAUCAUCGAUUCGAUUUUGAAGAAAUCCUGCAUAGAGAUUCUUGCUGCCGAACCUUCGAACAUUUGCGCAGGAGAAACAUUUCAAGUCGUGGUGAGAGGAAACGGGUUCCGUCACGCCCGUAACGUGGACAGAGUUCUCUGUAGCUUCAAGAUCAACGACACGGUGACGCUCAAUGAAAAGCCCUUCGUUGUGGAAGACACCUACUUGUUGUGUCCAGCCCCUGUCUUGCAAGAAGUCGGCAUGAGAGCAGCCCUGCAGGUGAGCAUGAACGACGGCCUCAGCUUCAUCUCCAGCUCGGUCAUCAUCCGUACCGCGCACUGCUCGGAUGGCACCAUCCUGCUCCUGGUGCUACUCAUCCUCUUCCUCCUUCUGGCCCUGGCUCUGCUCUGGUGGUUCUGGCCUCUCUGCUGCACCGUGAUAAUCAAAGAGCCCCCUCCACCCCCUGAGGAGGAAAGCGAGGAAGAAGAUGACGACGGUUUGCCGAAGAAGAAAUGGCCAACAGUGGACGCCUCUUAUUACGGUGGGCGAGGAGUCGGGGGCAUAAAGAGGAUGGAGGUCCGCUGGGGAGAGAAAGGCUCCACGGAGGAGGGGGCCAAGCUGGAGAAGGCCAAGAACGCCCGCGUGAAGAUGCCGGAGCACGAGAUGGAGUUCCCCGAGCCACGCGUCCUCCACAGUGCCAUGCGCCGGACUUCCUCGCCACGCAAGUGGUACACACCUAUCAAGGGAAAACUGGACGCCCUUUGGAUCCUGCUCAGGAAGGGGUACGACCGCGUGUCCGUCAUGCGCCCGCAGCCCGGAGACAAGGGCCGCUGCGUCAACUUCACCCGCGUGAAGAAUAACCAGGCCACCAAAUACCCGCUCAACAACGCCUACCGGCCCCCAAUGGCCCCAGCGGGCCCCGUCUACACCCCUCCUCCCCCGACAUUUCCCACCCCGUCCACCCCUCCGCCGUCCAUCGCACUCCCCCCUCCUCCUCCUCAGGCACCCCCUCCCAACCGGGUCCCACCCCCCUCCCGCCCCCCACCUCGCCCGUCCAUCUAG